AUGCCGCUACCUGAUAAAGCUGCUCUUCGUCAAAUUGAAAACAGUCUACUAAGAGAGGAAUUGCAGUUUGACGAGAUAUGGGAGAAAGAAGAACACCAGAAACUGUUUGACAAUCUGAAUGACGAACAAAAAACAGUGUACGAUGCGGUUUUAGAUUCGGUCGACAAUGGAAAGGGUACACUUUUCUUCGUAUACGGAGCUGGUGGAACGGGCAAAACGUUCAUAUACAGAACAAUUAUUUCAAGGUUGCGAUCACAAAAAAGGAUUGUACUUCCUGUGGCAUCAUCAGGUAUUGCAGCACUCCUUCUACCUGGGGGGAGAACAGCUCAUUCAAGAUUCAAAAUCCCUUUAAAUGUUCAUGACACUUCAACAUGUGAUAUAAAGCAAGGUACUAUGUUGGCCGAAUUGUUAGCCAGCACAGAAUUAAUCAUCUGGGAUGAAGCCCCUAUGGCCCACCGGCAAACCUUUGAAACACUGGACCGUACGUUGAAAGAUCUUAUGUCACUUAACGAUGAAACAGCAGCAGAAAAGACAUUUGGAGGUAAAACUGUACUGCUUGGUGGGGAUUUCAAACAAAUAUUACCUGUGGUGCAACAAGGAGGACGUCCAGAGACUGUGCUAGCGACAUUGAGUCGUUCAUAUCUAUGGCCAUCGUGUAACGUCUAUACGUUAACACAUAACAUGAGACUUUGCCCAUCUGAAAUAGAAUUUGCAGAAUGGAUUUUGAAAGUGGGGAAGGGGACAGCAACAAGAAGAAACCCUAAUGGUUUGGCCGGAGAAGAUAGAAUUUUAAUAGACAAUGCCUUAAUGCUCCAAAGUACGGGUGACCCUUUGGAACAAAUUUCAGAAGCUGCGUAUCCACAGUUUCAAAACUCAUUCCUAGAUCAUGAGUAUCUUAAAGAGAGGGCAAUAUUAACACCCAGAAACGAAACUGUGCAUGAAGUAAAUGCAUUUCUCCUCUCCAAGAUUCCAGGACAAACCACAGAGUAUCUAAGCUCAGAUAGCAUUGGCAUUGAUAGCGCUCCUGGAACUGAUUGGCAAUCUUUAUACCCCGUCGAAUAUCUGAACUCUCUAGAAUUCCCUGGACUGCCGAGUCACCGACUAGAUUUAAAGGUUGGAGCUCCUGUGAUGAUGCUAAGAAAUAUCAAUCAAAAAGAAGGCCUUUGCAAUGGGACACGGCUAAUUAUAACUCAGUUGGGAAAAAGAGUUUUGGAGGCAGAAAUUAUGACUGGCCCAAACCCUGGAAAAAAG